CCUAGGUACUUGAACAAAAAAUGAGGCGUAGAACCAGUACCUCUCAAUAACCUAGGUACGUGGCUAAUGACGUGGCGUUAGCUUCUAGGCAUCACAAGCUGAUACGGGUAUUAAUCCCCAUAUACAUGAGGAAUCAUAACCUAUUAAACUGGACAGAGUUGCCUGAUCACUGAAUAUGGUAUAUGAGUGAUUCAGAGUUAAUCCGUACAUUCCUUGCCAAUCCCUUCUACUAUAUAAGUCCUUUUUGGACUGCCAGUCGACCAUGCCUACUCUUCUCGAUAAUGCCAUGAAAUCCAAGAACGCUGUACUAGCCUUCUCCGGGCUUGUCACGGCCGCCCUCGCUUGGUCUUGGGCCGGCGGGAGUAUAUUUCCUUCCCAGGAUGAUCCAAAGGGCGACCCUGAGGAUUGGACGCGCGAAGAGCUCAGAAGAUGGCUCGCGGCCCGCAACCUCCAUCCCCAGAAGGGAGAUACUCGAGAGCAACUUUUAGAAAGAGUCAAGGCGAAUAUGAGAUAGGAAUAUGAGAUAGGGCGCGUUGGUAGUGGUUAUUCUCAAUACUAAUGACCCGUUAAGGUCAUGUAUAAGAGUGAUAAAAAAAGUUGAAGGGAGCUGUUUAUACAUCCAACAGAAGGAACCAUUGGGUUUUCAACUCACAAAUUGGCACUUACUCUCAUAUUUCCACAUACAAAAUAUAUGGCUAAAUUUGAAUGAUCGUUAGGUUUUUAUCAUGAACAUUAUCCCGAGUAUGGCGUAUUAGAUGUGAUAGUGUUAGGUUGUUGCAUCUUUGGUCUAAAAUUCAAUUGAAGUUGACGAAAGUGUACAUUUCUUACGAGGCGGUGCACUUGCUGUGCCAUAAUU